AUGGAGACGUCCCGGCAGCGGAAGCAGGAAGCGACCCUUUUAUUUCGGCUGUCUCAUCGCUCCCUGCAAGGGAGCCCCGCGGCCUGCGGCCUUGCGCUCUGCGGCAGCACGGACCGAGAGGAGGCGCUGCGGGCGGGCCCGCCUGUCACCACAACGGCCCGCCACGCGCUGCGGCAGGCAACGGCCGCGGCCGCCACUCGCCGCCACAGCCCGCCAACGGCCACGGCCGCCACAGCCUGCCAACCGCCACGGCCGCCGCGCGCCGCCACCGGCCACGGCCGCCACAGCCCGCCAACCGCCACAGCCCGCCAACCGCCACAGCCGCCACAGCCCGCCAACCGCCACAGCCGCGACUGUCACCCGCCUCCCUCCCUGAACAAAUUCCGAAAGGUCCCCGGGGAGCCUGAAGUUUUCUUCUUUCCCAUCGUCCUAACGGUCACAGACCCGUGGGCGGGCACUGGAGGACACGCCGGAGGAGCGCUGGAAGGCCUGGGCGCCGGCUGCGUGCCUUGUGCAGCCGCGGGGAGUCCGGGACAGGGAGGAAACCGCACGGCGCUGCUGCGCGGCGGGAGCGAAGCGGAGACCCCUCCCGCCCGCCUCAGCCAGCCGCGGCCGACUCCCCCGAGCAGGUCAAGCGGGGUACGACUGCGGAGCGCGGCGGUGCCAAUCACGGCGCCUCCAAGCCAACCAGCGGCGGCGAGGGGCGGCGGCGGGCGGUGCCGGCGGAGGAGCGAUGCGAGGGGAGCCGGCGCGGGCAUCGUCUUCCUGCCCGAGGAUAUGGACCAGGCUCUGGUGGAUCUGGGGGUGCUGUCCGACCCUGGCUCAGGGCUCUACGAGACGGACAGCGAGAUGGACGUCUUUGACGGCUAUUUGGAAUAACGCUCCAAAGCGACUGCGGAGUGAAGCCCUCUGGCCGCGCACCGGCGGGGCUGGCUGUCCCGGCACAGCCACAGCUACGCAUCGCCACGGCCCGGGAUGCCCUCGCUGCGUCUCCGCUCCUCUGCGCAGCAUCCUCGUUCAAAAUGGCCUCACCGGUGCGGGGUCAGCGGAGCCUGCUGCUCCUGCCCGGGCUGCGCAGGACCUGCUGCCGCCGAGGGCACCGUCGGCCUUGCACGGGAAAUUCAUUAAACACCUGAAAUGGAAUAUGACCAGGUUACUGGAUCAAGUCAUGGAAAGAAAUUAUACUCUGAAAUGUAAAGAUGAAAAGGACAAGGGGACAACAGGAAGAGUUGUCAUCAGACCUUGUCAGUUGUGACUUUUUCCCCCAUGAUCAUUGCGUCUGAGUGUGCACUAACUGCAGUGAUUCAUGUACGCUAUCGGGCUUCCAUAGGUAAUUCUGGGUUGGACUGAAAAAAAGCUGUGUUCUCUUGUAACAGAAAUUCAAGAUAUUACUCAGAUGUGAUAAACUUUUGACUAAAUAUCAUGUCAUGCAAAUGGACACACUCUACAUACUGCUUAAACACGUUUUACAGUUGCACACUGAAGACUCUACCAGCCAAUAGUUCGAAGUCAGUACUCUCUCAGGGGAAUAUAUCCAGAAGUGGCUGCAAGGGAGGUUCUGUUCAGGGCAGAAUUAUGGCAAGAACUGUGCUAGUAAGACAUUUUGUUUAUAUUGUGAGUUUUGAAAUAGAACAGAGUGAAUUUUGUAUGUCAGGUGGAUUCAUUACCUAAGACAAGAUACUUACAGAUUGUUUAAGCUCAUGUUCUUAUGUACAGAUGUGAAAGCAAUACAAUAAAGACUGACCUU